AUAAAUAUAGUCAUUGUGGAACCAAAUGUAAUAAGAACGCAAAAAAUGGCCCCCGUUUCAUCAUCGCAUCAUCAUGUGGUUCUCUUCCCUUACAUGUCAAAAGGCCACACGAUUCCUCUCCUCCAAUUCGCCCGUCUCCUCCUCCGUCACCACCGUGUCGUCCCCGGCGACGAACCAACCAUUUCCGUCACCGUCUUCACCACCCCAAAAAACCAACCAUUUGUCUCAAACUUCCUAUCCGACGUCACAUCAUCAAUCAAAGUAAUCUCCCUCCCUUUCCCUGAAAACAUCGCCGGAAUCCCUCCCGGCGUCGAGAACACCGAAAAUCUCCCUUCCAUGUCACUUUACGUGCCCUUCACGCGCGCAACCAAAUCUCUCCAGCCUUUCUUCGAAGCAGAACUCAAGAAUCUUGAGAAAGUGUCUUUCAUGGUCUCCGAUGGAUUCUUAUGGUGGACAUCGGAAUCCGCCGCUAAACUUGAGAUCCCGAGACUCGCCUUCUACGGCAUGAACUCGUACGCAUGGGCUAUAUACUCUGCCGUUUCGGUACACGAGCUCUUUACCAAACCGGAAAGUGUUAAAUCUGAUACUGAACCGGUUACUGUACCGGAUUUUCCAUGGAUAAGUGUUAAGAAGUGCGAGUUCGACCCGGUUGUGACCGAACCGGAUCAAUCGGCUCCAGCGUUUGAGCUAGCCAUGGACCAUAUUAUGUCCACCAAGAAAAGCCGUGGAGUUAUAGUGAACAGUUUUUACGAGCUCGAGUCAACGUUUGUUGACCACCGGCUCCGUGAUAACGAUGAGCCAAAGCCGUGGUGUGUUGGGCCUUUGUGUUUGGUAAAUCCUCCAAAACCGGAGAGUGAUAAACCGGAUUGGAUUCAUUGGUUGGACCGGAAGCGAGAGGAAAGAUGUCCGGUUAUGUAUGUGGCGUUUGGAACGCAGGCUGAGAUAUCAAACGAUCAGCUCAAAGAAAUUGCAUUAGGGUUGGAAGAUUCCAAGGUGAAUUUCUUGUGGGUCACGCGAAAGGACUUGGAAGAAGUAACCGGAGGAUUAGGGUUCGAAAAGAGAGUGAAAGAGCAUGGGAUGAUUGUGAGAGAUUGGGUAGACCAAUGGGAAAUAUUGUCACAUGAAAGUGUAAAAGGGUUUUUGAGUCAUUGUGGAUGGAACUCGGCGCAAGAGAGCAUUUGCGCUGGAAUUCCGCUACUCGCUUGGCCAAUGAUGGCAGAGCAGCCACUCAAUGCGAAGUUGGUAGUGGAGGAGCUAAAGAUUGGAGUAAGAAUCGAAACAGAAGAUGGAAGUGUGAAAGGAUUCGUGACAAGAGAAGAACUUAGUCGAAAGGUUAAACAAUUGAUGGAAGGAGAGAUGGGGAAGACUACGAUGAAGAAUGUGAAAGAGUAUGCGGAAAUGGCGAAAAAAGCUUUGGCUCAAGGGACCGGUUCUUCUUGGAAGAAUUUGGAUUCACUUCUUGAAGAGUUUUGUAAGAGUAUAGAGCCAAACAAUGUUAAUAAGUUGUCAAGUUCUGAUGAUUAGAGAGAUUAAAGAUUAGAAAAAGAA